AUGUACAAUGCGGCAAGAUUUGCCCUUUCUGUUGUCCCCCACCUGCUCGGUAUACAAGCUGGAGGGCUUUCAAGGUUGGAACAGUCACGAGCUGACAGGCCCUGGAGGCAUACACGGGCAGGACCUAACUCAGGACUACUGUACACUCUGCAUACAAUCUACAAUCCGUUCACUACCAGUGACUACCUAGGUGUCGUCACUUGCAACUGCUCCCCUGCUGCACCACUUUCGUCGGGCAUAUCUGCAUCGGGUGUAGCGACGAUAGCCUCACAAGAGCGCCGCCAAGCAGCAUUGUCGAUCUUCACAGUCCACGGGUCUGAUCAAAUGAUAUCCAGUGUGUCUCGCUUGUGGUCUCGCACAAUUCAUGCUUCAUUCCCAUCCACCACCGCACGUCUACUGUCGACCACUUCAGCCACCCGUCUAGCUGCGCCCUACACCACCGACAUGGAUCGCGUGCCUACCACGGAGAGGCUGCAGAAGCUGCGGGAGUUGAUGCAAAGUCACAAGGUAGACAUUUACAUCGUCCCAUCCGAGGAUGCACACUCUUCCGAAUACAUAGCCCCCACCGAUGCUCGUCGCGCGUUCAUCUCCGGGUUCUCCGGAUCAGCUGGUACCGCGGUAAUUACCUUGGAAAAAGCAGCUCUUGCUACAGACGGAAGAUACUUCAACCAAGCGAGCAAGCAGCUUGAUGACAAUUGGACUCUGCUCAAGCAAGGCCUGCAAGACGUGCCUACAUGGCAGGAAUGGACACUCGAACAGGCUGAGGGUGGUAAAGUUGUCGCAGUAGAUCCGACCACCAUCACAGCACCUGAAGGUCGCAAACUCGCAGACAAGAUCAAGAAGAAGGGCGGCAAAGAGCUUGUUGGCAUCGCAGAGAAUCUUGUCGAUCAGGUUUGGGGCAGCGACAAGCCUCCACGACCGAACGAACCUGUUCGAGUGCUCGGGCUUGAGUAUGCAGGGAAGAAAUUCCAAGAGAAGAUCGAAGACUUACGGAAGGAACUGGAGAAGAAGAACGCGGCGGCUUUUGUUGUGAGCAUGCUGGAUGAAAUCGCAUGGCUGUUCAACCUGCGCGGAAACGACAUCCCCUACAACCCCGUCUUCUUCUCAUAUGCCGUCAUCACCCCCAGCAAAGCUACUCUCUACGUCGACGAAUCGAAGCUUCCCGAGAACGCCAAAGCGCAUCUCCUCGGGAUCGACAUUCAGCCCUACCAAGCAAUCUUCUCAGACCUCGUCGCUCUAUCCACAGCUUCAUCAGAAUCCACCACCGAUUCACCAUUCAAGAAGCAGAAAUAUCUAGUGUCCACGAAAGCUUCAUGGGCGUUGUCGCGUGCGCUGGGUGGCGAGGACAAGGUCGAGGAGACUCGAUCACCCAUUGGUGAUGCCAAAGCGGUCAAGAAUGAGACCGAGCUUGAGGGAAUGCGUCAGUGUCACAUCAGAGAUGGUGCAGCCCUCAUAGAGUACUUCGCAUGGCUCGAGCACGAGUUGAUCGAGAAGAAGACCACCCUGGACGAGGUUGCCGCCGCAGACAAGCUAGAAUCAAUCCGAAGCAAACACGAUCGUUUCGUCGGCUUGAGCUUUGAUACCAUCUCCUCAACCGGCGCCAAUGCUGCCGUGAUCCACUAUAGCCCCGAACGCGGAAAUUGCUCCACCAUCGACCCUGCACAAAUCUACCUCUGUGACUCAGGCGCCCAAUACCUCGAUGGCACAACCGACACCACCCGAACCCUCCACUUCGGCGAACCCACCGACGUCGAGAAGGAGGCCUACACGCUAGUCCUCAAAGGCAACAUCGGCCUCGAGCAAGCCGUCUUCCCCAAAGGAACCUCAGGCUUCGCCCUCGACACCCUCGCCCGGCAAUAUCUCUGGCAGAAUGGCCUGGAAUACCGCCACGGCACCGGCCACGGCGUCGGCUCCUUCCUCAACGUCCACGAGGGGCCCAUCGGCAUCGGCACCCGCGUGCAAUACUCCGAAGUCCCGCUCGCCGUCGGCAACGUCAUCUCCGACGAACCGGGUUACUACGAAGACGGCAAGUUCGGCGUGCGCAUCGAGAAUGUCAUCAUGGUGAAGGAGGUCUCCACCAAGUAUAAAUUCGGCGACAAGCCUUAUCUGGGUUUCGAGCAUGUCACCAUGGUGCCCAUGUGUCGGAAACUGAUACUUGUCGAAUUACUCAGUGAGAAGGAGAAGCGAUGGCUGAACGAUUAUCACCGGGAGAUUCUGGAGAAGACGGGGCACUUUUUCAAGGAGGAUGACUUGUCGCGGAAGUGGUUGGAGAGGGAAUGUGCAGAAUAUUAG